AUGAAUCAGAGAGUUUGGAGCAAAGCCAUGUAUUCCUCCAACAACAUUUGCCUGGAUGACUGUGCUGCAGAGCAUCUCUCCUCUUUUCAGCCUGACCUUGUGCCAUCAAAUUCAGAUGCAUCACAUGUUUCUUUGACCUUACACAGAGACAGUGAGAACAUGAAAACACUAUCAGAUAGUGCUUAUUAUAGCAGUGUAGAUGCUGGCUUGAUGUAUUCCAGUCAGCUGGAUCUCACUUCAUCGAGAGGCAGCACCAGCGGACAUUUAUCCACGAGAAGACACCGGUCUCCUGCACCCACUUCUUAUGGUCAUCAUGACUGGAACCCGAACAGAGGCAAUCAGGCAAAGCGUGCCAGAGUAGAAAAUAUCAUCAAAGGUAUGACCAGCCCUCCUGGCAUGUACGGCCCAGAAGUGACAACAAACGAGCAUGAAGAGAUUGACUGUGUGCAUGAUGAUGAAAAGAUUCAAGAAGCGCUUUUCCUUCAGAGACACAUGGAAAGCACGGCUCCAAGACAGGUAACAAGCAAGCAGCUCGAGAACCAGCAUCAGCACCUCAGACAGCUCAGAACAAGGUUGACUCACCUGGAUGGAGAAAGUGAAGCCACAAACUGGAAUGAUCCCAUUAAUAUAUCUCAUAGUGAUGCAUUUACAGAUUCAUACAGUGAGUUUGAGAGCAGCUCAAGUAUAAAAUAUCAAGGAUGGAAAAAGGUUAAGCUGAUGAACUACUUCCAAUCCAAACCGGAACGGAUAAAGCUGAUGGCAGAUGUUUUGAAGUAUGAACUGUCCAGGGUUGUCAGCAAGAGCGUCGACUCCAUUUUCAAAAGCGUGCCGUUUUUACAGACAUCACCAUAUGAUGUGGAAAAUGUCAAGACUGAUACGCCUCUUCAGUCACUGGUGUGCAGUGAUGAUAAGUUAAGACUUGCAUACUGUGGUACUCCAGAGGUACAAAUCCCAGAUGUUCAAACAGAAGCUCUGUCUCUGGUUGUGCAAAAACCGGAACUGGAAAGAUCCAGGUCGGCAGCUCACCACCAUCCAAAAUCCCUAACCUCCUUCAGCAAUGACGCCGCUCUGCAGGAAGAUCAAGGAUUGGAGGAGAAUCACAGCAUGGACCAUCAACAUGCUCUCAGAUGCCUGCAGGACAGAUGCUCUGAAGAUGGUCAGUCAAAUUUUAAGUCAACUGAGGUGCACUGGAAUUCAGUCAAAGUAAGAUCAAAGGUCAACUCCAGAUCUGUGAGAAGUCCGCAGACUCGUGCUGUGUCCGUGGAUCCGGUGCUUUUGGAAAGCAUUCAACUUCCUCAUGUGAAGACCGAGUCUGAUAGCCUGGUGAAAAGCAACCUGUACAUGCUGAAUGAGGGUCUGACCACAAACCAUCUGAAGAAAGCAAAGCUUAUGUUCUUCUACACUCGAUACCCGAGUUCACUGAUGCUGAAGAUGUGUUUCCAUGACGUACAGUUCACACGCUCCAUCACCUCUCAGCUCAUCAAGUGGUUCAGUAACUUCAGGGAGUUUUACUACAUCCAGAUGGAGAAGUUUGCUCGACACGCUCUCAUUGAAGGAGUGGCGGACGUGAGGGGUCUGACUGUGGGGAGAGAAUCAGAACUUUUCAGGGCUCUCAACAGGCACUACAACAAAGGCAGUGACUUCCAGGUGCCUGAGAGAUUCCUGGAAGUUGCUGAGAUUACACUGAGAGAGUUCUACGUUGCCAUUUCAAUGGGCAAAGAUCGCGAUCCAUCCUGGAAGAAAGCAAUCUACAAGGUCAUCUGUAAACUGGACAUGGAUGUGCCAGCUGAAUUCAAAAGUCCUCACUCUGGAUAA